AUGGCCUUUCAAUUAGGAGCUUCUUCCUCUUGCUCAUUCUCGUCUUCUUCCAUUCCUAGGUGGACUCAGGAUGUAUUCUUGAGUUUUAUAGGUGAGGAUGUUUGCCAAAACUUUAUUUCUCAUCUAUAUCAUGCUUUGCAUCAAAGGGGAAUCAACACUUACAUAGACAACAAUCUCGAAAGAGGAGAGGAAAUUUCGCCUGAACUUUUCAAAGCAAUUGAAGGAUCAAUGAUUUUUAUCGUUGUAUUUUCUAAAAACUAUUCAGAUUCCAAAUGGUGUUUAGAUGAACUAUUGAAGAUCCUUGAGUGUAAGGAAAUGGUGAAACAAAUUGUUUUACCCCAGUUUUACGAUGUAGAUUCGUCGCAUGUACGACAUCAAAAAAAGAGUUUUGGAGAAGCAUUUGCUAGAGUUGAAUAUAAGUUCAAGGCUGAUAAAGUAAAGCUUACAAAGUGGAAGGUAGCUUUAGAAAAAGUAUCCAAUUUGUCCGGAUUCGAAUUUGCGGACAGGGAUGAAUCAGAGUUUAUUCAAGAUAUCAUUAAAUGGGUGGACUAA